AUGGCUCAGAGGGCCGAUUUUCCCAGAUGGUCACUAUCAUCACCGACCGAUUUGGAGAUUCAUGGAUUUUGUGACGCUAGCAUCGAGGCUUAUGGUGCCUGUAUUUAUGUCGUCUCAAGGGGUACAGGAGCGGGAAGUCACCUGCUUUGCUCGAAGUCUCGAGUGGCGCCGCUAAAGACUGUUACGGUGCCGAAACUGGAACUAUCAGGAGCAGAAUUGCUGGCGCGGCUUAUGUCAGAAGUAGCAAAUCUGAAGAUGUACGCUGGGAAGCAUUAUUGUUGGUGCGAUUCUGCAGUGGCGCUGUCCUGGAUUCGAGAGGAGCCUGCCCGGUUUAAUGUUUUCGUUGCCAAACGAGUUGCGACGAUCCAGGAGUUAACCAGAACGAUGGAGUGGCGCUAUGUUCCCACGUCCUUGAAUCCGGCGGACAUCCUGUCCCACACAUGGGCACAUGGUCCUCCGUUUCUUCUUGGUCCUCAAGAUGAGUGGCCAGUUGCGGUCCCAGCUGAGAGGCCGACCUUGGAACUGCGCGCAAAGGCUUUGCUCAUGCAGUCGCCGUAUGUGGACAUAAUAGCUGCCUCCAAGUACGCUAAUUCCUUCUCAUCUCUGCAGCGGGUAUUUGCUUAUGUGCACAAGUUUUGUCAUCGAAUACGCCACAAGGGAAUCACCGCAGGAGAUAUCAAGUCUGGAACUCAACGUUUAUUGCGGUUGGUACAGCGGGUGCAUUUUUGGGAUGAUAUAAGGUUGCUUCAGAAUGGCAAAGAGAUAUCGUCGUCCAGCGUACUUGCCACAUCUUCACCCUCCUUGGAUAAGUUCGGUCUAAUGCGUGUAGAUGGUCGCCUGAAGAAUUCGCCGUUGGAUUUUGAUAGUCGUCAUCCAAUUAUACUCCCUAGAAGCCACCCAGUCACUCUUGCUAUAAUUGUUGAUUUCCAUGAGCGAAAUUUACACACGGAACCUCGUGCUCUUUUGGCUAUGAUUCGAUCCCAAUAUUGGCCAAUUGGGGGGAGGAAAACGGUGACGAAGGCGUUGCACAAAUGCAUCCGAUGCUUCCGGUCCAAGCCUCGCCUGCUGGAGCACAUUAUGGCUGAUCUCCCGGAACAAAGAGUCAACGGUUGCCAAGUCUUUGGAGUCACUGGCGUGGAUUUUUGUGGGCCAUUCCAUUACAAGCCAGAAGUUCGUAAUAAGGCUCCGGUAAAAUACUACGUGAGCGUCUUCAUUUGUUCUGCUACAAAGGACGUCCACUUGGAGCUCGUAAAGGAUCUAUCCACUACUGCGUUCUUGCAGUCCAUCGAAUGGCAUUUUAUUCCUCCUCGAUCUCCGCAUUUCGGCGGACUCUGGGAAGCGGCAGUCAAAACUGCCAAGCAUCAUUUUUACCGGGCUGUGGGGUCCUCAAUUCUUGGAUUUGAGGAGCUGCGAACUCUGCUUUGCCACAUUGGUGCUGUCAUAAAUUCACGACCAUUAUUGCCUCUUUCAGAAGAUCCUGCAGACCUCGAUGUUCUAACGCCAGCACAUUUUUUAACUGGAGGUCCGCCAUCUAGUUUAAUCGAACCUGAUGUUUCAAAGCUAAACUUCAAUCGUCUGGACAGUUGGCAACGUGUGUCCUUUCUGCAGCAGUCUUUCUGGUCCCGAUGGAAAGAGGAAUACUUAAGCCUCCUUCAGCAACGCUCCAAAUGGCGUACCUCCGGCCCUGCUUUGGCAGUCAACGAUGUGGUGCUGGUCAAGGACGAGAACCUACCCCCGAUGAAGUGGCCGCUCGCGAGAAUCAUGGAACUGGUAUCUGGUAGGAACGGAGUGGCUCGAGUGGCGGUGAUCAGAACUUCAUCUGGAACCACCAAGCGCGCAGUAUCUAAGCUGUGCCUUUUGCCCCUUAAGGACGAAGUUGGAAGCCAGGCCCAACUGGGGGGAGAAUAUAGGGACAAGCAGCAGCCCUCACCUAAUUUAUAG